GAUGGCUGCGCCCAGACUCCACGGGAAACUUGUGAAGUGACGGGCCGAGCUUCUUGUGGGUGCGGGCGAGCAAGCUUGCCGCGACUUAGAGCUUGCGAGAGCGCGAGUCUGGGCUUCGCAGGCGCGCAGGGGAAUCUGUGAGACAUUUCUGCAAUGGUUUGCUCAGCUCUUAGGAGAGUUAUCUGUGUCUACAUCUGCCUGGCAAGGAAGGCUAGUCAUGCCUACAGAAGCUAUCAGCAUCAGGCCUGGGGCUCCAGUAAGCCUACAGCAGAGUGUGCUGCCCAAGCGGCAUCUGGUAGUGUGGUGGAACUUCUGGGAAAAUCCUAUCUUCAGGAUGACCACAGCAACCUCUCCCGUAAGGUUCUCUCCAGGGUGGGCAAGAACCUGCACAACCAGCAACACCACCCUCUGUGGCUGAUAAAGGAGAGGGUGAAGGAACACUUCUACAAGCAGUAUAUGGGCCGCUCUAGAACCCCACUAUUCUCUGUUUAUGAUAACCUUUCUCCAGUGGUUACCACCUGGCAGAACUUUGACAGCUUGCUCAUCCCGGCUGACCACCCCAGCAGGAAGAAGGGGGACAACUAUUACCUGAAUCAAACUUACAUGCUGAGAGCACACACAUCGGCUCACCAGUGGGACUUACUGCAUGCAGGACUGGAUGCCUUCCUGGUGGUGGGCGAUGUUUACCGUCGAGACCAGAUUGAUUCUCAGCAUUAUCCAGUUUUCCACCAGCUAGAGGGUGUUCGGCUCUUCUCUAAGCAUGAGUUAUUUGCUGGUAUAAAGGAUGGAGAAAGUCUGCAGCUCUUUGAACAAAGUACUCGUUCUGGCCAUAAACAAGAGACACACACCAUGGAGGCUACAAAGCUUGUAGAGUUUGACCUCAAGCAAACCCUUACCAGGCUUGUGACACAUCUUUUUGGAGAUGGGUUGGAGAUAAGAUGGGUGGACUGCUACUUCCCUUUUACUCAUCCUUCCUUUGAGAUGGAGAUCAACUACCAUGGAGAAUGGCUAGAAGUUCUUGGCUGUGGGGUGAUGGAACAGCAACUGGUCAAUUCAGGUAGACAAAUAGGAAGCAAAGAGAGACAAGAAAGGACCAAGAGCCUGAUACCCACUGAGGACCUUCUUCCUCCAG